UAUAUGCAGGUGAUGUGUGAUGCUUACACACCAGCUGGUGAUCCAAUCCCGACUAACAAGAGGCACAACGCUGCUAAGAUCUUCAGUCAUCCCAACGUUGCUUCUGAAGUGCCAUGGUAUGGUAUUGAGCAAGAAUACACUUUGAUGCAAAAGGGUGUGAACUGGCCUAUUGGUUGGCCUGUUGGUGGCUUCCCUGGCCCUCAGGGACCUUACUACUGUGGUGUUGGUGCUGACAAAGCCAUUGGUCGUGACAUUGUGGAUGCACACUACAAGGCCUGCCUUUACGCUGGUAUUGGCAUUUCCGGUGUCAAUGGAGAAGUCAUGCCUGGCCAGUGGGAGUUCCAAGUUGGUCCUGUUGAGGGUAUUUCUGCUGGUGAUCAAGUCUGGGUGGCUCGAUACCUUCUCGAGAGGAUCACUGAGAUCUCUGGUGUAAAUGUCAGCUUCGACCCGAAACCAGUCCCGGGUGACUGGAAUGGAGCUGGAGCUCACUGCAACUACAGUACAAAGACGAUGAGGAACGAUGGAGGAUUACAAGUGAUAAAGAAAGCAAUAGAGAAGCUUCAGCUGAAACACAAAGAACACAUUGCUGCUUACGGUGAAGGCAACGAGCGUCGUCUCACGGGGAAGCACGAAACCGCAGACAUCAACACCUUCUCAUGGGGAGUCGCAAACCGUGGAGCUUCUGUCAGAGUGGGACGUGACACUGAGAAGGAAGGCAAAGGUUACUUCGAGGACCGAAGGCCAGCUUCUAACAUGGAUCCUUAUGUUGUCACCUCCAUGAUCGCUGAAACAACCAUCCUCGGUUGAUGACAUGCUACAUAAUUUGAUUUGCCCUGUUUGGUUUCUUCUUUUGUGAUUGCACCUUUCGAUUAAAAUAAUUCUUAUAAUGGCGUAUUUUGUGACAUUUUGUGGUUUGUUUCGAAUAAUUUAAAACAAGCGAUUCUUAAGGUGAAAACAAUUAAUAUUCAGUAAUUUUUGUU